AUUCUACCGUCAUACUGCUCAACAAACGCUUGAAUAAAUAUAGCCAUAUCUAUUUCGCGCAUUCUAUGAUACUCCUGAUUUGCUGUCUCUGUCUACCCGUUUGUUGAGUUGUAACAGCCGCAAGAUGCGCGACGUCGGAUUGGAAAUCAUCAUCGCCGGUGGCCGGUAUUUCGCAUAUUCCUAUUGCCGGAGGCUUGCGGAAAUACCUGAUCCAGUGCAAUUGAUCGUUGACAAAAUACCAUUGGAUCCUGAGCAGUAUAGAGAAUGGCUCAAAAACGAGCAUGAAGCCCACUCUAAGUUAAAGGAGCGGCUAGACAUUGAGAUUUGUACUAUAUCCGAAGCUAGUAAGGCAAGCCUUGCGGAGUUUACGGAUCUCUGGGAACCAUAUGCAGAAGAAUUUUGUGUCCGUCCGCUUGGUGCCGUGAGCUGGCCUUUCGACCAUAGAGGACCACACGGGUUUCUUGAGCGACCACCACACGCACUCUUAAAUAAAGGGUUUGAUCUUUGGAUGGCCGAUAUGUUUGUUGAUGCAACAGACGAAUUGUAUGGUGAAGCGUAUGAUAUAGUCACCAAUGCAGGCAGUGUAGACGAGAUCCGCAGUCCUUGGAAAUACGGAAUUUACACCAUCAAUCUUGACAGGGAGACGUUCUCUAUCAAUAACCAUACUUACUACAAUCUCUGGGAUAUUCCUCAACACCGCAAGACUGGGAAAACUCCCCAAGCCUUACCCUUUAACAUUGACUUUGAGAAUUACUUUGGAGACCAUCCCGAUUACCGCGACAAAUACCAGACAAUUUACCACCAGUAUGGUCACUCAGUGAUCAAUGCAACGAGUGGAUCUCCCGACCCUUCUGUACAGCAAGCCAUGUCAAUGAUAUUCUUUGAAAAGCUCACUGACCCAUACUCUACGCGAUUUUGGGAGUAUGCCCCUAGCUGGGACCACAAGGGCUUUGCCUUCCGUGAAUUCGCCUUUGCAAUUUUAUCCAUCGCCACAGGGAGAUAUUACUUCAUCGACCGCGCCGACUAUAGCAAAUUCGCUGGCUAUGAUGACAUGGGGUAUAUUAUUGAUCGAAACAGUGGCGAGACAUUGUCAAUACCAAUCUUUGGCUUGGAAUGCCAUGAGCCUGGCGUGUCUCCUGGCUCGGCUCCAACUGAGACUAUAUACUGGUUUGAGAAUGUCUUGGUGAGCCUCGUGCCCGACUCUGUUUUUAGGCAAGACACAGAAGCUGCCAUAGCAAAAGCGGUGGAGUACGGGUUCGGGCAAAGAAAGACCAGUUUUCAGAUUAUCCUCUUUUCAAUUUUCAAUGUUAUUUUGCUCGAGGCGUAUGUGAAGGGUGGCGCCAAGGUGAUCAGACGCACAGGCGUGAUAUCAUUCCAAGAUAGAGACAGGAAGAGCGACUGGACUUUCGAACCCAACAGGUUUGUUUUCCGGCGUGAGGCGGAUAUUGCGACUACCUUUCAAGAAGUUUGCCACAAACACGUGGGAUUUGCCAAACUGCAGAAUUUUUUCGAUGUUGCUGCAAGACGGAAUCUGCCUCCCCUUAGUACCAACGAACGGCUACCAGUUGAGCUAUAUGCCAAUAUUGUGGCAUACGCUGAUUCUAGCACGCUGCACGCCUUGUCACAGGUCUCUUGGGCUCUCCGCAGGCUCUGCCAGGAAAGAUUCACGUUUAGUGAUGAUCUCGAUGUCGUCGGGUUUGACGCCUCCCUCAAAGGGCCUCCAUACACAGGACCCCAGAAGUAUGAGCUUUCUGAAGAGGAAAUAUUAGAGAUGGAGAUUGAAGAACAGGCCAAGCCUAAGAACGAGCCUAAGCUGUGUCUUAACGACCUUGGCACGUUUGCCUUCAAGAAUCGCAUAACAGGACUUGUCACGACAUCUGGGAUGGACGUUAAACAACAGAUUGACUACGAUCUAAGGGGUUACUUUGCACACGAGGACUAUUCUAGGAUAUGGUGCCCGGUGAUUGGAGGUGAAUCACGGCUGAGCUUGAUAUCACAGCUCAUGUUUCACAUGAACUUUUGAUCUACGACACCAGGACAUCACUGGCAGCCAGGAUAUCAAACCUCGAACAGUGAAUCUAUACUAAAAUCUAAACUGAAAUCUCCGGGCACUACAGACAAUUUUUGUUUUCUCACAUUCAAACGCCGUUUGUUGUCCGGAUUGCCAACUUCACACCCUCUGUUUCUACCCGCUUUGCGAUUGCCGCCGAAACAAACCCCAAAUACGGCUUACUGGGCUGCAAGACUCGCGACAGAUACUUGGGAUGGAACUGUACACCAAC